UACUUCUUAGAAAAAUGUACAGUGCGAAAAAGAUGGCACGCACGUCCAGGCAUUAAACUCAGUCAAAGCAAACGAUUUUUUUUUUUUUUCAAAAUCGCUUAUUACGCAGGAGCGUCUAACGAAUGAUAAAGUUAUGUGUGUGCGCGUAUGAAGUGAUUAAGUAAAAGAAACGGAAACAAAGAUCCCGAUUUGAGGUGCGGGCGAGCGCAGAGUCAGCGAGCCAUCUGGUUGGGUGCGCGCGGGCAAAGCUUUGACGAGCGUCUUUUUGGGAGCGCGCGCCCUGCUCUUGUGACUCGCUGCGGCUGGAGGUAGUGGUGACUAAUCACAAGUCGAGCGAUUCUUUUAAAUCAUCCGCCGUUUAGGAGAAUUACUCAAAAUAGCAACGUACUCGUAGACCUUGCCUGAAGCCGUACUGCCACUUCUGAACGCGGCAGUGGGGUUGGUGAGUAAAAGUGAUCGUAGUGUGUGUUUAUUGGCGCCGAUAGGAGCCCCUUUCAAUUGUCCAACGAUGGACCGGAAAAAAUGAACGUUUUGUGCAGUUUACAUACAUUUGAUUUUCUUUAAAAUGCAUCCCUGCCAAGAAGCAAUAUUGUGAAGUCGUUUUAAAGGACAGGACAGUCGAUAUAUUUGGUUCAUGGAGAACACGGGACAACGACACGUAAAAGCAAUGGAAUGGGACGGCGAUGGAAGAAGCUGUGCUGCGGAGUAAAGGAGCUCACCUGGGGCGAAAAAGGAAAGAACUCGCGCCUGUGCACAUGCUACUCUAACAUGCGUCCAAGAGGAAUGUUUAUAAUUAUUUUGUAGUGGAGCCAGAUGUCUUGUAUAUGGUACUUUAUUACAGCCUGUUGGAUGGCCAUGAAUAUGAUCACUCUAGUAAAGGUCAAAGGAGCUAAAGUUGUUGUCUGUGAACAGGGUUCCAUAAACUCCAGCCAAGGAACAGAGGUGAAAAUGGGAAGUUCUCUAUCGGUUCGGUGUACUUUCUACAACAAAGGGAGUGAAAACUGCAGGAAAACUAUUUUACAGGAUCAUAUUGAGCUACCUACUAAACGACAUAAUGAGACAGCUGUUUAUUCAGAAAUUAAGGAACUCCGAGUAAACAAAACAACAUUUGUUUGCAAAACAAAUUGUAACACCAAACCUAUCACCUGUGGGAUUGACAUUAAACUUGGAUACCCACCUGAAGAACCCACACAUUUGAGCUGCAUUCAGAAAGGAGAAUUUGGGAACAUCACAUGUACCUGGCAAACAGGAAGACAUCCUCUUAUUAAAACUACCUCUUUAUUGUGGGUGAAAAAUAAGACUCACAAGUUCAGCUUUAUAAAUACCAACCCUUCUUUUGGAGAUGUAACGUUUUCUUUGCUCGAUGAGGAAUCACAGUAUUCUGUUUGGGUCAUUGCUUCAAACACCUUGGGAAAUGCAUCCUCUCAUAUUUUAAAUUUCAGCCUUCAAGAUAUAGUUAAGCCAUAUCCCCCAAGAAUCACAGUUAUAAAUAAUUCGUUCUCAAACAUGAUAAUAUAUUGGGAAGACGAACAGAAUACAACAGUUUUGGAAAUCCGAUAUCGGCCUCUCAAUCAGAAUUGGAGUAUUCAUCUUAUAAAUGAUUCUUUUGAAAGAAUGUAUAUUUUGACAGACCUGCAACCCUUUACAAAUUAUGAAAUUCAGAUGCGGAGCAAGAUGAGUAUCAUGAAAGGAGUUUGGAGUGACUGGAGCAAACCAAUACUUAAUAGAACUGAAGAAGCUGCACCUGUGGCAAAGCUGGAUUAUUGGUUUCUUUUGGAAUAUACAGAGUCCUCAGACCAGUCACUCAUUGUUUUCUGGAAGAACCUAAGUGAAACCGAAUCAAGAGGCAUUAUCUUAUAUUACGAAGUGGAGCUUCAGAUACAAAGUAAAACCAAUGAUGUAAAAAAUGUCACAAAAAACAAUUAUGAAAUCCAUAUUCCAAAAGCAUCUGGAAGUAUUUUGCUGUCUGCUAUCAACUCUAAAGGAAAGUCCCCGGCUGCAGUCAUUUCUUUACCAAUAAACACAGGUUUUCCUCCUCCACAGACAGUAACCUGUAAGCCUAACAUCAACAGUAUUUCAGUAUUUUGGAAUCCACCAGAGAAAGAAAUGACUCCAUUGCAAAGCUAUGUUGUGUCAUGGACUCGGCAUAGCCGAAAAAGACGUAAUCUCAACUGGAUCCGACUCGCAAAAGAUAAACUGUCACUGAAUAUAUCAGAAAUCCAUCCUAAUGUUUGUUACAAAAUCACUGUAUUUGCACUUUAUGACCAAGGAAUAGGAAUAGCUGAUUUUGUACAGGCAAUUUCUACUCAAUCAGUUCCUAAAGCAGCCCCUGAAAUAGAAGUCCGACAUUUCAACAAAACCAGCAUAAUUGUAUCUUGGAAAGCCAUCCAUGUUGAGCAUCAAAAAGGAUGCAUAAGCUACAAUGUUUAUGUUAAUAGACUUGAUAAAGUCUCACAGCCUUUAAAAUAUGGUUCGAUAAACAGUUCAAAGAAUGAAUUCAUUGUUAAAGACUUGGAACAAGGUUUACAUUACCAGGUUUGGAUGACUGCUUCUAUGGGAUCUGCCGAGGGACAAAGUAGCGAGAAGAAAACUAUUUUCUUAAAUAAGGAAGAAACAUAUGACCAGUUGAUCAUGCAGGCCUCUGGGAUUGUCAUUGUGUGUUUGCUGCUCUGUGUAUGUUCUACAAUACUAGACAGACAAAGGGUAAUGAGAUGGUGUUCUGUGUUGCUGCCUCAGUGGUUUACUUACCAUGUGCCUGAUCCUGCCAACUGCAAGUGGGCACAGGAAUUUUCUUCCAACCAGGAUCAAAAGAAGUUUGUUCACAGCCCACAAAAAAAUGACUCGCUGUCAAGCUUGGAAGAACCGGAAACAUUUGAAAUUGAAGAGGUUUUAGAGAAUAAUGAACCAAUGUGGGAUUCUACUCAUGAAAAUACAGCUAAUGAUGAAGGUAACGUAAGGCUGGAUCUGUUACCAACUUGUAGGCCAGAGGAUCUGAUAAUAUAUAAACACCAGUUACCUAGUCCAUAUAUUCGAAACAUGUCACAAGAGACCGAAAUCAGCAGCUGUGCCCCAGAUUUCUGUGAUGUGGACAUGACUGUGGAUUACAUACCAUCAAAUCUGCUACAUAUGGAAUCAUCUCAAGAGGAAAGCAGUGAAUUUAUGGAGGAUUCAUUUUCACCUUUCCCCUGCAGUCCAUUUAGUGAACCUCUCAUUUUGUUUGGUGGAAAACUCACCUUAGACGCAGUGAAAAUUGACUGUAACUCCUUUUUAGACUGAACUUCACCAUUUAU